ACACAAUGACACAUUGAGAGUCUUAGGUUUAGUGAUAACACCUGGUAGUGCUUCCCCAGCAUUCUGGUUAAUGUUUAGCUGUGGAAAACUGUUUAAAUAACUGUAGAAGCCUUGGUCACAAUUUUUGCCUUUAGAAGCAGAGCACUGUGCAUUUGAUGUGGUCUGAGAGGUUUCCUAAAGAAACAGGAACAGUCUUUCUAUCGAGGUCAAACUGCUAGGAAAGUUUCAUCAGCACUUCUCAAUUUUGUCUCAGCUUCUUGAAAAUGGCAGGCGUAAGCAAAUGCUUGAAGUACUCCAUGUUCAUCUUCAACUUCUUAUUUUGGGUGUGUGGUUGCAUUAUUUUGGGAGUCUCUAUAUGGAUACGCGUUAGCAAAGAUGCUCAAGAGGCUCUGGACAUAAGCAGCAGCAAUAUGUUUGUCGGGGUUGAUGUGCUGAUAGCUGUGGGCUCCAUCAUUAUGAUCCUAGGAUUUCUUGGUUGCUGUGGUGAUAAGGAAAGCCGGUGCAUGCUUCUCUUGUUUUUUAUUGGACUGCUGCUGAUCCUGAUCCUUCAGGUCACAGGGGGUAUUUUAGGAGCAGUGUACAAACCUCAGCUUGAGGAGGGCCUUAACCUGACACUUAAGGAGGCUGCUGAUUUACUGAAAGGUAAUUCCGAAAAUGCAAAACAAGUUCAAGAGUCAUGGCAGAAGUUUCAGCUACAGGGUCAAUGCUGUGGUUUGGACAAUGGGAUUAAUGACUGGGGAACAAAUAGUAAUAGUGUUUUUGAUGGCAAAAAAGUCUGUGAAUGUGAAAAAAAGUAUCAAGAAGAAAACCUCUGCUACCUUUAUCAAGACAGAUAUAUUUUUAAACAGUCUUGUAAAACACUGCUUCUCGAUUUCCUUAAGAAAAAUAUGGACAUAAUUAUGGGAAUUGCAUUUGGAAUGGCAGUCAUUGAGGUUCUCGGUUUGGUGUUUUCUAUGUGCCUCUACUGCCAGAUCCAGAGAAAAUGAAAAUGUGGAAGUGUCAGAACAAUGUCAUCAGCCAAUUCAAAACCUUUGUAGAUACAGAGAUAUUUGCCUUGGCACCUUCUUAUAAAUAUAUGCAUGUCCCAGGCAGCUGUUCUGAUGAAAAUGGUACCCACUGUACACACAGAUACAUCACAGUUUGCAAAAUGACCUCCUUACACUUUGUAAGAUUUAAUGAUGUGAAUGUGAAUUUUUUUUUUGCAAUAAAUGUCUUUAUUUGUGUUUUUGA